AAUCGAAACAAAGCAAACUUUGCGGUUGCUGUUGCUUAUGUUCGUUGUUGACAACGGAGUGAACACAAGACGGUCGACACCGCACUACGGAGAUCUGGAAAAUGGCCUCAGGCUACCGUAAGCCCAGCCCCGCCGCGGCCCAGCGGAAGAAGCCCGCCCACAAGCAGCCCGAGCUGACGGAGGAGCAGAAGCAGGAGAUCCGCGAGGCCUUCGACCUGUUCGACACGGACGGGACGGGCACCAUCGACGUCAAGGAGCUCAAGGUGGCCAUGCGUGCGCUCGGCUUCGAGCCCAAGAAGGAGGAGAUCAAGAAGAUGAUCGCCGACAUCGACAAGCAGGGAUCAGGGAUGAUCGACUUCAACGACUUCCUCAGCAUGAUGACCCCCAAGAUGAGCGAGAAGGACUUCACGGAGGAGAUCUUGAAGGCCUUCCGGCUGUUUGACGACGACUGCACUGGAAGGAUCUCCUUCAAGAACCUGAAGCGGGUCGCCAAGGAGCUGGGAGAGAACCUCACAGACGAGGAGCUGCAGGAGAUGAUCGACGAGGCGGACAGAGACGGGGACGGGGAGGUCAACGAGCAGGAGUUCCUGAGGAUCAUGAAGAAGACCAGUCUGUACUGACCCCCCCCCGCCCCCUUGUGGCUCCCCAUCGCUCCAUCCGGCUGCCAUGGCAACCUGCGGACGCCGCCUGUAAAUACGUCUCAAUACGCUCUCUGUGUUUUUGUACCGUUGUUUUGCAUAAACAUGAAUAAAGUCAUUUAUGUUUCUG